UUUUGAAUCUAUUUUUUCAUGAGGUUGUAAAACUGUUAAUUUUAGAAAAUUACAAACAUAUUUUGUGAUACCAGGCCUAGUAAAAUGGAGAACACUAACUUUAUCACUGAUAAAAAAUCUGCUUUUAUGCUGUUCUUGAUGUUCAUUCAGUUCUUGUCUGUGCUUUGCAUGAGAUGUGUGUUAAUAAAAUUGUGUUCAAAAAUAAUUCUGUGAAUGUACAUGUAAUACACUGUUGAAGUUUUCUUACUACCAUAUUUUUAGUGAAAAUGUUUUUUAAGUUUCCUGUAACUUCAUUGCUUUUGUUCUGCAGGUUCUGGAGAGGAAUGUAUAAUCGGUUUGAGAAUGGUGUCCACCCCAGGGAACCACUAGGAGAUCUCUUACUUGCAACCAAAGAUCAUAUCAGUAGUCUAGAAGAUCACGUGAUCCUCCUGCAGAGAAGAAUUGGUCAGUUGAAGGAAGUACUGGGUCACGUGGACAGUCCAAGUAAAGACAUUGAUUCUCGAAUGACUGAUAGUGGUAUGGCUGAGGAAAUUGAUGGUCUUAGUUUCUGUCCAAAUACUUUAGAAGAACUUGGCAUUGGACUUGAAGGAAGCGAGAACAGUGUUCGAGAUUCAGGUGUCAGUGAUGUCGAAAGUGGAGGCUUAGACGCGAGAGACAUGGAUUCUUUACUUCAGCAUAGCUCGAGUAGCAGUGCCCUAGACUCUGCCGUGAUACAGCAGCUGGCUGAUGAGUUGGAUUCUGUUGCCUUGGACUGGAAGAGCUUUCGGAAUGUCCGAGAGUGUUUGUGUUCCACACCUUUUGAUCAUUUCAGCAGGAAGUUUCACUGUUGGAGUUGUGGAGAUGUAUACUGCAUUCGCUGCAUUGACAAACGAAUACCACUGCAAGGGCAUUACAGUAAACGGCCAGUCUCAGUCUGCAGGCACUGCUAUAAAGAGCUAAUGAGGACAAACUCUAUAGAUUCUUAGAGACUACAGAUUGUAAAGAUUUGGUUUCAGUAGGUGUCAUCAUCACAGUGGCUAUAUUUGUACGAUUGUGAACAUUCCAAGUCUGUUUUAUUUCUUACAAGUUGUUUAUCGCUGUAACUUGUAGUGAAUUUACUUGAUCUCGGAUUUGCGUCCAUUGAUCUUAAAGUUCUGAAUCAGUCUAGUUUGUUUGUUAAUUCAGAAAUGUUUUACGUAUUUGCUAGCUUGAUUCAACACAUAAAGUGUUUAUUUUUUCUGAGUCCCAACAUUAACAAGUUUUGUAUAGGCAGUCUAAUAAAAUUAUUAGAUGGUCAAACUGUAGCUCCCUUGUGCAUGACUUGAGAAGUGUAAUAAAUGAGUUUAGUUUGUAUAAAUACACUUUUUAGUUUCAAGUUUUGCUGGUCACAUUAAUACGUAAUCAAAAUUUUCAUAUAAAUCAGGAUAUUCUAGUAAGUGAUUUUUUUGAAUGAGUAAAGAACAAAUAGUCUGUGACAUUUAUAAAAUGAUUGAAAAUACUGCUUUGUUGUGACUUUUAUUUUAACUCUUGUUAUUAAAAGCUUUGACUAGAAUCAGUUAAUUCUACACAAACUUAAUAUUGGUAAAUGCUAGGCUUUAUAUGUACCGUUUUCCAAGCUAUGAUCGAAGUUAGUAAAUAUUUCCCUUGACAUGGUGAUGAAGAUGAGAUUAAUUGUUUUAUGUUAUGAUUUUGUAGUUGAGUAUUUUUGCAAGCUUUAGUAAAGUUGUUUAAAAUUUUGUGAUGAAUGAUUAACUUGUGAAGAAUUGUUUUAUUCUCAGUUGAAAUAAGUUUAAAAUGUAUCAGUACAUUUCUGUAUAUAAAGACAUUUUUAAAGGCUGCCAAAGUAAAAUCAAUGACUGUUUGUACGUUGUGGCCUUAAGUCUUUGAGCAAUUAGUUUGUUGUAGGAAUAAUUUAAAAAUGUGUUCAAACAGUAUUUUGUCUUAAAAAGGGUAGUACAUUAUGAUUCCAGCCUUUUUUUUUUUGGUAUCAGAAGUUUAAUUUGUGAUAGUAAGUGGUACUUGGUCAGUAGACGAGAUUUCAUCAGGUUUACCACCAUCUGCUACGAUAUCGUCGGGCUUUGAAUCCUUUAUUUAUGAUACUUGUAUUGAAGUUACAGAGAUGGCAAUGUUUAGGAAAGUAUCGAUUCUUUGUUAUAGCACAAUCUGUCUUCUUCGUGGAGAUGUUCACUCUAAGGUACACAAGUUUCCCACUGUCGUCUCUCGAAAAUUAUGAAUUCUUAAGAGCUAUGCACAGUAUAUUCUAUUCAUUUUAUGCAGUAUUUGAUUGUUUAAUCAUAAAAAUAAGAAGGAUUAUGAGUAAGCAUGUUUUAAGUCCCAUCAAUGUAUAUGUAUUUGGGUGUGAUUAAUAACUUGAAGAAUAAAUUUAGAAAACAAAAUGAAAA